AGGGUAGACUGGGUACGGUUGAAACAAAGGACGGUUGAAACAAAACGAAUAUCUCGCAAACCGUUGGCGGGGCGGCGAGGGGUCCAAGGGGAGAACGAAGCGGACGACAGGUCUAAACACGAAUCUUAGUGUUGCGUCGCUCUCCGCGCGCUUUGGCUGUUUCUAGGGGUCUACCCUAUUGUGUUAUUGAAAACCAAAAGUAAGUAUUUUUGCUUGGAGAUUUUUCCAAUUAUUGUCGUUUUUAUUCAAGUGACAGCAUUGAGGGUGCGUUGUUGUUUGAAAUGAAGCUCGCGGAAUAUGACAUUGUGACUAGUUUUUGUGUAUCAUUAUUGUUACAAUGACUAAUAACUGAAUUUUACCUAAAGUAGGAGUUGGGGACGGUUGAAACAUUUUUUUUUGGGUACGGUUGAAACAGUGUACUUAUUAUUUUUUUCUUGUUUUUUUAGAUGCCUAGAGUACGCGUAAGAAAGACAUCGAGAGGGCAAAUAGACUUGUCGAAGUACAAAGACGCAUAUGAGGAGGUGAAAACCGGAGGAUCAUUGCGAAAAUCGGCAGAGAAGCACGGAUUAAACCAUUGUUCGCUUCUUAGAUAUAUUCGAAAGCGAGAUGUCUCCGGCGAGCAAGAAAAUCCAGACAUGGGAUAUAAAGCACACAACCGAGUUUUUAAUGAGGUGCAAGAACGAGAGCUUUCAAAGUACUUGAUCCGAUGUGCUGAUAUAUAUUUUGGACUACCUAAGAAGGAGGUAAGAAAACUGGCGUAUGAACUUGUAGUUAAAUAUAAUUUAUCAAGACCUAAAACUUGGGAUGAUAACGAGCUGGCAGGUGAGGAAUGGUAUCGGAUGUUUAUGAGAAGAAACCCCGAACUGUCUCUACGCGCAGCACAAGCUACUAGCCUCUCCAGGGCGACUAGUUUUAACAAAACAAAUGUAGAUUCUUUCUAUGACAAUCUGGCCACUGUCAUGGAUCGUCAUAAAUUUGAGCCUCAGGAUAUAUAUAACGCUGAUGAAACAGGCAUAACCACUGUUCAAAAGCCCGACAGAGUAGUGGCUAGGCGUGGUGCUCAUCAAGUAGGUUCAGUAACUUUGGCGGAAAGGGGUAAAUUGGUCACAGUCGCCUUUGCAGCAAAUGCCAUUGGAAAUGUUAUUCCGCCAUUCUUCGUCUUCCCGACAGUGCGUUAUCAAGAACAUUUUAUUAGAGAUGGACCCCCUGGCUCCGCUGGAGCUGCUAACCCCUCCGGCUGGAUGCAAGAUGAAACAUUUAUGCAUUUUCUGGAACACUUUAAAAAACAUACAAAUGUAUCUCUGUCUCAUAAGGUGUUACUUCUGCUCGACAAUCACUAUUCACACGUCCACAUUAACGCACUAGACUUUUGCAAGAACAAUGGCAUUAUCUUACUAUCUUUCCCACCCCACUGCUCGCACAGACUCCAGCCACUUGAUCGAUCGGCAUAUGGCUCUUUGAAGAAAGCUGUCAAUUCAGCCUGCGAUGCAUGGAUGCGAAACCAUCCAGGAAGGACAAUGUCCAUUUACGAUAUACCAGGGAUUGUAGCGUCUGCUAUGCCAGUUGCUCUUACGGCUUCAAAUAUUCAAGCCGGCUUUCGCAAAACAGGAACUUAUCCGUAUAAUCGGAAUCUGUUCACUGAGCUUGAUUUCGCUCCUGCAUUUGUUACGGAUAGACCAAAUCCCGAAAAUACUACAGAACCAGCUGUUGUUCCUGUACCAAAUACUACCCUACCUGUAGAGCCUGUAUUUGUAACGGAUGUGCCAAACCAAGAAAAUGCAGCAGAGGUAGCAAUAGUUCCUGUAUCAGUUACAAAUCCACCUGAAGACGAAACUCCGCCAUUGUCACCUUCUCUAUUAAAUUACGAACAACCCGCAGAUAUGGUCGCUCAACCAGGAGCUAUCAAUAGUUCAUUAGUCCCUAUAAUUGAAAAUCAGGAAACUGCAACUACACCACCCAGACACCACAGCAGCAUUAAUAUUCAGGAAACUUCUCCGAAACCCAGUACAAGUGCUCAAACAAUUUCUUCUAUUGUUCCCGCUGUAUUUUCACCGGAAAUAAUACGACCAUUUCCGAAAGCUGCUCCAAGGAAAAAUAAUAAUAAAGGGCGCAAAAUCAGGAAGUCUACUAUUUACACUGACACUCCAGAGAAAGAAGAGAUAAGAAAAGAGCAUGAAAUAAGAUUGAAACGAACAAGAGCUAAACAAGUGAAGAAGCAAUUGGAUGGAGGAAAAAAGAAGCAAUUGAAUAGAGGAAAAAAGAAGCAACUUGAUGGAGGAAAAAAUAAAAGAAACACCAUAAAAGGAAAACAGAAAAAUAUACAAGAGGAGGUAUCAUCAGAAGAUGAGGAGUGCUUCUGUCUUGUCUGUAUGUCUUCAUAUUCAAACAGCAGACCCGGAGAACAGUGGAUCCAAUGCAUCAGUUGUAAACUGUGGGCUCACGAAGAAUGCACAGAAAGUGGUCUUAGCUAUAUUAGUCAGAAUUGCGACUCUGAUUGAUCUUUAAAUUUGGCUUAUCCUUAUUGGACUAAUGAAAGGCAAAAAUUGUUUUCUUUCAAACCUUUUUUUAAAUAUUAUUGUUUAGUUUGCUAUGUUUAAAAAACAAACAGUUGAUUUUGGUUUAAUUUACGUAAAUUUUAUAUCAAUGUUAAGUAAUUUGUAGUUACUUUUUUGUUUUUUUUUUGAUGAUUGAUAAUAUAUAUUUUAAAUAGUGUGCUUUAAAACAUUAAAGGCAAAAUAUCGUUUUAGGUGUAUAAAUAUUGAAGACUGAUUACUAAUGUCAAAGAGUUACUUAAUUAUUCUUAGAUUUAAAAUAAACAAUUAAUAAAACGUGUUGUAAUAUCAUAUUUUGUAUUAUUCGCAUGUGUUUCAACUGACCCCAUUCACUGUUUCAACCGCCCCUGGUAUGGGGACGGUUGCAACAAAUCCGAUUUAUUUUUUAAUUUGAUCUACUUUUAAAAAUAACACACCUGGGACUAAAAACAUAUUGCCUAUUAGUAGACAGAAACAUGCUCUUUUAUUUAACAUAUCUUCUUCAUUGCUCGGGUUAUAAAAAGCAGAACUAUGGACG